CCACAUUUCGAAUUCGAAAAUUCAAAGUGUAAAACAGUUUGACUACAUGAAUUAAGAAAAACUAACCAAAAAUCUGAAAGUAAACAACACAUUAUCUACAGCGAUCACCUAUGAUCUAUAAACAAAACAGAGCAUUUAUAUAUAUAAACAACACAUAUCAUUUACGAUAACACCAAGAACACAACAUUUCAACAUGAAAAGCUCAAGAUUAGUUUCGGUCUUCUUAUUCGUUUACGCAACGAUCCUAUCGAUCGGGUCGAUCAUCUGCAAAGACAGCAACAAUCUUGUAACGAACCAAGCCGCGUUGUUCGUGUUUGGAGAUUCUCUGUUCGAUGCCGGAAAUAAUAACUACAUCGAUACUUUCUCAAGAUUCCGAGCUAAUCUCUGGCCGUACGGCCAAACAACAUUCAAAAAUCCCACCGGAAGAAUCUCCGACGGACGUUUGAUUCCUGAUUUUCUCGCGGAGUACGCUUGGUUACCGUUGAUCCCGCCAAAUCUACAACCAAGUAACGGUAAUAACCAAUUUACCUAUGGGGUAAAUUUUGCUUCAGGUGGUGCCGGAGCUUUGGUCGGAACCUUUCCCGGAAUGGUGAUUAAUUUGGAGACACAGUUAAAUAACUUCAAGAACGUUGAAAAGAGUUUGAGAUCUGAGUUAGGAGAGUCAGAGGCUAAGAGGAUUUUCUCAAGAGCAGUUUAUCUAUUUCAUAUUGGAGCCAACGACUAUAUUUAUCCGUCCCUUUUUGCAAAUUCUUCAACUUCCCAAUCCAAUUCCAAAGAGAAUUACUCCGGUUUAGUUAUUGGUAACAUAACCAUUGCAAUCAAGGAAGUGUAUAAAAUUGGAGGAAGAAAGUUUGGAUUCUUGAAUUUGGGAGCGUAUGAUUGUGCACCAGCCUCAUUGAUUAUAGACCGAACAAAGAUAGGAUCUUGUUUCAAGCCACUCACCGAGUUGAUGAAUCUGCAUAACAAGAAGUUUCCUAAUGUUUUAAGGCAGUUGGAGCACGAACUAUCCGGAUUCAGAUACGCCCUUCACGAUUAUCACGCUUCUUUAUCCGAAAGAAUCAACAAUCCUUCAAAAUACGAGUUUAAGGAAGGGAAGAAGGCAUGUUGUGGGACUGGACCAUUAAGGGGAAUCAAUACGUGUGGAGGCCGAGUUUUGGGACCAGCACAAGGCUACGAGUUAUGUGAAAACGUUACGGAUUACUUGUUUUUCGAUUCAUUUCAUUUGACAGAGAAGGCUCAUCGACAGAUCGCAGAGCUUAUUUGGAGUGGACCGUCAAAUGUUACCGGACCUUAUAAUCUCAAAACCCUGUUUGAAUUGAAGUAGAUUUUGUCGAUGUAUACAUACAAAUAUAGGUCCUAGCUAUUAAAAUAAAAGACGAGGUUACUAUCUUGUAUAGUCCUAGCUACUAUUAGUCAUGUUCUUUGUGUUGUUUAUAAAUACAAAGAAUUGAUAA